AUGAUGGAUUCAAAAAAGUUCUACAGUCAAUUGAGUAUUAGUACCAACAAGCAAAAACUACAGUACAUACAGGAUGUUGCAUCCUUAGUAUUGGGAGUUGUUGCGGGGAUAAUAACACUCGAGUCCUUGAAAGGGUUUCUCUUUUUCUUCGGUGGUUUGUCACUAACCAAUGCAGCUUUCUAUGUAUUGUGUGGACAGGGUAAUAUUCACAAGUUUUUCCAAAGUCCAUUUCAAGAAAUAUUUGUUCUGGGUGUUGUAGGAAACCUUCCAGGUUAUAUCAUGAUGUGGUGUUUGGUUUACGCAUUAGUUAAGUCGAGCUCAUGA